AAACAAGAAAGAGACAAGGCUGCCUCCUCCCCAUCUUCUUCCUCCUCUCACGAUCCAGUCGCGUUGGCUUGGGUCACCGGAGGAGCACGCGCCGCCGAGCAGCUGUCCCUUGUACUAGGCGGAUCGAGGCGCUCUCCUCCCCUUCACCGGAUCGCACACAUCGGCAUCGCCGUCUCCUCCUCCUCCUCGUGUCUGCCAUGGGUGAUUACACAAUCCAAAUAAGCACCAAGUUGAUUGACCAACUCGCUCGUGAUGAUGAGAAGGUGAAAAGGAAGUUCAGGAAACCAAAGCCGAAGAAAGUCACACCACUACAAGAAGAGACUCAGGACAAUGGCAGGGAACUUCCGAGUGAACCAAAGGGUAGCCCUGCUCCUGGGUGGCCACUGCCACCUCCCAUGUAUCUACCAGUAACCCCUGCUCCUCCACCGCCCCCACCUGCAAUCCAGGAAGUGGAAGCCAUACGUGCCGUCUUGGCAGAGAGUGAGAAUGUGCUAGAGAAGUUGCAGAAGGAGGAGGCAGGGGUGCGCCAAGAACUCAGCAAGAGAGCCAAGGAGCUGCACGACAAGGAGUUCAAGCUGCCUUACCAGAACCCUGUGCCAUGCACCGACGAGAGAGCAGGCUGCCUGGAGUGCUACAAGAGCAACGUGGAAGAUCCGCUCAAGUGUGCCGAAGCAGUCAAGAGAUUCAAGGCGUGCGUCCGCAUGGCAAGGCAGAGUGGCCACGUGAAAGCUGAUCAGUAGUGCGGCAACUUUGCUGAGUCGGAGUGAGUGUGGGCACACGAUUUUGCUUUUGUCGGGAUGAUUGAAUAACCAGGAUUUUUUUUGUGAGACCUGAAACACCUUUGUAAAUUUUGGUAAAGGGGUUGCACCGGUCUAGGCAAGGCUGGGGAUCCUUGAAUUUAAUUAGGAGUUCCAUAUUACAUACAUUCAGCUGCCAAACGAAACAUGAACUGUGGCUGCAAAAUCGAUGUGUUCUGAUGAGUGGUAGUUAAUCAAACUGCUGCGUCCUGCAAAGUUGUGUUCCGGGGAUUAAUUGUACCCAUUCUUCAAUGCC